AUGGGACUGCGACGCACCGGUGAAUCGUGCGGUGUCCGAGGGUACUGCCUGGAUAAGGCCGGCCCAGCUACCUGCAUUGACAGCUACUGCUUCUGCCUGGAAGGUUCCGUUUUCCAGAACGGCAAAUGCAGUGACCCUGGGAUAGAUGGCGGCAUCAGCGGACCGAGCGGCCCGAGUGGCGGCGCGGUGCCAGGUGAGAAGGACAAGGAGGAGGGAACUCCGGAGGUGACCGAAGCCGUGGAGGAGACGACAACCACUCCUUAUGUAGAGCCCGAGGAUCCCACCAAAGAUCCGGACUGCAGCGAUCAGAUCGCCGGGACGGAGUGCUUCAAGAAGAUCAAAUGGGCGAUGAGCGAUGGGAUCUAUGCCAACCCUGGCUGGUAUCCAGGCCUCACGCCUCAGUCAGCUCCGAGCAAGUUCCAGGACACGUUGUACCGAGCAGGGGAGGGCGGCUGCCCUCGGCCAUGCACAGGUGGGUUGCCAGAAGAUCCGCUGCAUUUUCCGCACUCUGUGAUGACGAGAUCGAUGAGGGGCAUUCGCCCUCCCAAGCAUCCCUUCGAGUACAACGGGAUCGAAUGGCCCGCCAUGAAAAUCAAAGGCACCAAUACGCACAUCUUUGCAGUUGGCGACUGGGGUGGCCUGGCGGGCACGCUCCCUCACAACAGCCAGAUCAUCCAGUACAAGGGUGGUCAGACGAUGGGUCCACAUGUCAUGGGCCGAUAUCGUACUGACGCCAAGACGCAUGACCUUUCUUGCUCCACCCCUGAGAUGUCUGAUUGUUUCGCGACGAACGGCACGGAUUGUCCUGCGCGAUGUGGCUGGAUCGAGGACAUUGAUACUAAAGCCCAGCACCUGGUGGCAGAUCAGAUGAUCAAGCGCGCGAAGAUGAACAACCCCGACUACCUGUUGAAUGUCGGCGAUAACUUCUACUGGGGCGGUAUCGCUGGCAAAUGUGGCGACACGCCCAUGUCCAAAGUCAACGACAUCACCCGCGCCCAGUUCAACUGGAUAUUUGAGAAUGUCUAUAAAGGCCCUGGGCUGGAUGGAAAGCCGUGGCUUUCCGUGCUCGGCAAUCACGACUGGGGAGGCCGGGAAAUGGACGCAGCAUGGGACCAGCAGAUAGCAUAUACAUGGGUCAGCAACCGCUGGGUCCUUCCGGCUCCCUAUUGGAUGCAGAAGGUCGAGUACGUAGAUCAGGGCUACACUGUCGACAUUUUGAUGAUCGACUCCAACAUAGAGGAUGCUGACGAGGAUGUGAAUUCCAACCCGGAGCACAACAUCUGCGGCGCUGCCCACAACCCUCCGGGCUCCUCCUGCGCGAAGGUUGGAGGACCUUCCAGCAUCCACGAGUGCCACAACUGGUUCCAAAAGCUUUGGGAUGAAGGCGCCCAGUGGGCGACGGAGAAACUUAAGCAGUCAGAUGCGCAGUGGCAAAUCAUGGUCACGCAUUUUCCUUGUGGGCACAAGGUCAAGUACUACAAGGAGUUGCACCUGAAGUACGGGCUGGACCUGCUUGUGACCGGCCACACGCACUAUCAGAUGAUGUACUGGGCCCCGGAGAAGUUAGGGGGUCUUGCCUGCUUCAUCACUGGCGGUGGGGGCGGCAUUACGUCGGAGAACAAUGUAGAGCUGGAGAACGACAACGACCACCAGUACGGAUUUUUCGACUUGUCCAUGUCGAAGGACGAGAUAAAGAUUGAGUCCAUCAACUGGAAGGGGAACGUGAUUCACUCAGAGACGGUGGAGCCCUAUGAUGGCACUGACACUAAGAAGGCCGAGCUUGCUCCGUGUGAGGUUCCGAAGCCGGGCUCGGAGUGCUUCAAAGUCAUCAAGUGGGCUAUGCAGGAUGGGAUCCAUUCGAAUCCGGACUGGUUCCCUGGGCUUACCUCGUCUUCCCCAAUGUCCAAGUUCCAGGAGAAGUUCUACAGAGAACACAAAGAUGGCUGUGGCAAGCCAUGCGACUAG